UCAGAAAAAAUUAUGGAGGAUCCAAGUUUCUGUAUUUGGUAGCUACAAAUCUCUCAUUUUGUCACACCAUCCCACCUUUUAACAUCAAACUACACUACCCCUUAAUUUCUCUCUCUCUCUCUAUGUAUGUUCCUGCUACAAUCAAACAACCAUUUCUUAAUCUCGGAAUCUACUAUUCUUUUGGUCAGUAUCAACAAUUUAAUUUUUUUAGUAUUAUUUAAUUUUUUUAAUUUUUAUCACUUCUAUAACUAUAUAUUAUAUAUACAUGUGGUUAGCCUGCAAAUGUUACAUUGCCUUUUCCUAAUGAAUUCUUUUUUUUUUUCUUUUUUCUUUUUUCCUGCAUUUUUUAGAUCAUCGUGAGGCCCGCAUUGACAAUGAUUUCUGAAAUUUAAUUAGUGGGUUUUGGCCUAAAAUAAUCAACAUAAUGUCUAAUGCUUUUGGUUUUGUGGUGUGCCAUUUGUGUGCAGAAGAAUGGAGAUUCAAGGCCAAGGUGGUGGUGGUGGUGGUGGUGGUGGUGGUCUUGGUGGCGGUGGUGAAGUGAGGCGACUUCACAUCAUCUACUUUCUCAGUCGUAAGGGUCAAGUUGAUCAUCCCCAUCUCAUUCGAGUCCACCAUUUCUCUAAAAAUGGUGUUCGCUUGCGAGAUGUCAAGAGAUGGCUUUCAGAAUUGCGAGGAAAGGACAUCCCAGAAUUAUUCGCUUGGUCUUACAAGAGGAGAUACAAAACCGGUUAUGUAUGGCAAGACUUGGUGGACGAGGAUCUCAUCACACCAAUCUCUGACAAUGAAUAUGUCCUCAAAGGAUCCGAAAUUGCCUCUUCCUCUUCUUGUGAUAUUUGUUCAUACUGUGAAAGAAAAGUGUCACCACCUCUUAAAAUUGAAGGACACCCAGAAACCAAAAUGGAUAUCUCAACAUACGAAUCGUGUGAAAUCGAAGAGCAAUCACCUCCUUUCAGCUCAGAGACAUCGACAAUGACCGAUGAUUCGAUGAAGCUCGACGAAGAGAAGAAGAAGUUUUUGGACACGACCAAAGAACAUGCACACGAGAAAGUCAACAAGUUCGACCAUCCUUCUUCCUUUUUUUAUUCGAAUCUUUUGAAUACGAAGAACAAGAAAAAGAACAAGAAGGACGACAAAGAUAAUAACAAAGAAAAGACGAGUACACCGGAUUCGUCAUCAUUCUCUACGUUCAAGAAGAGUAGGAGCUACUCGAGUGGAGCAUCAAGCGUGUUUCGAAAUUUGAUCACUUGUGGUGGGUCGGACAUAAAAGAUUCGGUCACCGUCGUGAAAAAAAAAAGUGGCAAGAGUUCUUCGAAUGUAGCAAACAAUAGACCGAGUAAUGACACGGCCGAGAUUUGCAAAGGAGACAAGAUGGGAGGUUCUGAGAGGACAUUUGGGACUUUAUGGAACCAACCCAAUGUUGCCCGGAAGAGCUGCGAUGAGGGAAAUGGUUCAAAGAAGAACAUGGAUAAUAAGAACGAAUUCAGCCAAAAACCAGUUUCUGCUUACAAGCCAGUCAAUGGGCCGAAUUGCUCGCAAUGUGGGAAGACAUUCAAGCCAGAGAAGAUGCAUACACACAUGAAGUCGUGCAAAGGAAUAAAAUAUUCACUGGGAAAGGCUACUGCUGAGAAGACACUAUCACAUGGAUCAUCAAUGGACUCAUCUCACCAAGAAUCAGUAUCUGCCUAUUUCUUGACUCACUGA